UAAAACAUUUACAGAACCUGAUCCUACUCUACGGUAUUGAAUAUAAGUGCAUUUAAUUACGAGAUAUACUAUUUUAAAAUUGGCAGAAUGCCAUCAGCAUUGUAAGCAUACUGAAGUGUACAUAUGCAUGACUGUAUCAAUUGACGAUAUUAUCGAUUGAUAAUAAAAAUCUCGAGACCACGAACGUAAAUGCAAAAUGAUUUUGAAGUAAGUAACGUUACGUGUGCCGGGUUUGUGCUUACUUCGAAAUGGGGAAGUCAUGGAUAACUCCGUUCAAGAAGCAGUGCUUCGUCACCCUGGGGGUGUCGCUGAACUUAUCAUCCCAUGGGCUGACGAUGGGGUUCGCAGCCAUCGCCUUGCCGCAGCUGCGACAGCCAGACUCCAUCAUACCCGUGGAUGAUACUACAGGAUCUUGGAUAUCCGCAAUCCUGGGCUUCGCUUUGAUCGUGGGUAACUUCAUAAUCCCAACGGUAAUGGCAAAAUAUGGCAGAAGAACUGCGAACAUUCUCAGCAUAAUCACAAUGAUACUCGGCUGGUUUUGCGUCAUAUUAGCGACCAACAUAAAAGUCUUCCUCGUCGGAAGAUUUCUGAAAGGCUGCGCAAUGGGCAUGACCGCUUCGUUAGGCCCAGUAUUGAUAGGCGAAUAUACUAGUCCAAAAAAUCGUGGGGCUUUUUUAACCACGAUAUCUUUAUCAAUUGCCAUCGGGGUCCUUUUCGUCCACUCUCUGGGAGCAUUAUUCCAUUGGCAAAUAGCUGCAUUGGUCUGCGCUUUCGUAAUGUUCACAGAUCUACUGAUAGUCUUGUAUUCACCAGAGACGCCGACAUGGCUGUCAGAUCAGGGCCGCUAUGAAGAAAGCGAGAAAGUAUUCAGAUGGCUCCGAGGCGACACGGAAGACGAAGAAUUAAAAAGAAUGAUUGAAACUAGCAUGAUUGUACGAGAAUCGAAGGCCGAGGUGAAAGUCGAGGACACUUUCUCUAAACGCAUGAAGGCAAACCUUGCAUUCUUCAGCGUAACUAUACGGAAAAGGGAGUUCUACAAGCCCAUAUUUAUAAUGGUCCAUAUUUACACGUUGAGCCAAUGGGCUGGAGCAAACAUAUUAGCUGCGUACACUAUUGAUUUAUUUACAAAAGUGAUCGGCACUGAGGUUAAUAUUUAUUUGAUGGUAAUCACAUUAGGAGCUCAAAGAAUUGUGUCGAACGGGAUAGCUGUAUACGUAAUAAAGAAAGUGAAGCGUCGAACCAUGUUAUUGGCAACCGUUGGGAUAAAUUUGUUUGCAUUCUUGUCGAUAGCCGCGUAUAGCUAUCUAAAAACGCAUCACAUGCUUCCUUAUGACCAUCCUUUCAUAGGAAUCUUCUUAAUCCACAUCCACAUGGUGUCCAUCGCAACAGGAACCGUUCCUCUGCCAUUCAUCAUUGCUGGUGAAGUGUUCCCCUUGGAUUACAGGAGUCUAGCGGGCAGCAUUAGCGUUUUCUUCCUUUCCGGAAACUUUUUCAUCAUUCUGAAGACCGUGCCAUAUUUAUUUAAGACGAUCGGAGUGCACGGUGCGUAUGUCAUUUACGCGGCUAUUGUCGCGUAUUGCCUUGUCAUUGUUUACUUCUUUUUGCCUGAAACAAAGGAUAGGACAUUGCAAGAAAUCGAAGACGAAUUUAGAGGUAGGCCACUGUCUCCUGAAGAAGUCAAGUCCACUCAGUCAUUGACCUCUGUGAAGCACAAUCAAGACCGUCGGUGUAGUAGUCCUGUAGUAUAAAAUACGUUUUAACGAAUAAUUUAUCAAUGUUAUGGUUACAAGUGAAGUGAAUGUUAGUGUUAUCUAUGAAUUAAUGUUUAAGGCAACUAAAUAUUUGAAAAUGUUUGUGUCAUUUAUCGAUCAUGUGUAUAAAUUCAUAUUACGAAAAAUUCUAAUAAAUAUGUAAUAAAAUUCGUGCAUCAUACGAAACGAUGCUCAGAGGACUUAUCAUUUAUCAUAAUUAUGACCAUAGAUUGGAUAUUGUUAAUAAUCUAGCAGAAAUAAAUAAAACUAGGUUUUUAGAUUUAAGAUACCUAUACUGAACGUAGAUUUCAAUUCGAAUUUAGUUAGUAUCUUCAAAUUAUUUAUAUAAAAACGGCUGUGUUCGUCUAUACUAUAUUAAUACUAUAAGUAUUUAAGA